GUUACCCCCAACACUGCUCACUGCACUGAUGUCUUUGUUAAUUGAGAAGAAAGCGUCUGAGUUAAGAGACGUUCGUUCUCUUCAGGUAUCAGCCCAGAGAGAAGUUGCGGGUGAAUUUCGGGACGCCGGAGUUUCUCUCUCCUGAGGUGGUCAACUAUGAUUUUGUGUCGUUCAACACAGACAUGUGGAGUCUGGGCGUGAUCACGUACAUGCUGCUGAGUGGUUUGUCACCCUUCCUCGGCGACGAUGACAAUGAGACGCUGAACAACAUUUUGGCCUGUCAGUGGAACUUCCAGGAGGAUGAAUUCUCAGAAGUCUCAGAAGAAGCCAAGGAUUUCAUUUCCAAACUGCUCGUGGUGGAUAAAAGCUGGAGGUUAGGAGCCACUGAAGCGCUGAAGCACCCCUGGCUGGCGGAUCCAGCCGUUCACUUCCGCCUGCAUCAGAAGAAAAACAUGUGCCGCUCGCGCAGAAACUCUUGUCUGCCUCCACCUUAGAGCUAAUGGACCAAGCCUGCUGUGGAACCAUGAUGAUUACUGGACAUUAUAUCAUAUUCAGACACACUGCCGAUUCACUGAAUGUUCCCCAUUAACAUUGAAGGCAUUUCUUAAGUUACAGCUGCUGUAUGUGUCGUGUGAAGUUGAUCCUAUUCCAGAAUUUGAUGUGAAGGUGUAAUUUGAUAUUGCAGAUAUUCCUCCGGCCUCGUAAUAUUCCUGAUGUGGGUUUCAUACACUGAUUCUGAAAUGAAGUAGAAAUCAAAAUGAGUUUUGAGGCAUUGGGCAGUUCACUUCAAAAUGCAAAAUGCAAAAUGCAAAAACAAAAACAAAAAAAAACACUAUAUGAGCCCUU